GACAGUAGCGUCUUUCCUUUUUCCUCUGUCAUAAAACCCCCUGUCUCUACAGAAACUAAUAACGAUCCUUGCUUUUCAUAUCGUACGCUCAAUUACCGCGUCCGAACGUAUUCCUCGUGUCUUCGACCAUGUUGCCUCGCGCGUGCGACACUAUCUAUAGCAAGAUGUUCAUUGGCGGUCUCAACUGGGACACAACCGAUGGUACUUACAUCAUUAUUACUUGCUCUGUACCGUUCGGUAGUACUAAAAUAAGGUCGUUCGCGGCAGAGUCCCUCAGGAAUUACUUUUCCCAGUUCGGUAAAGUAGAUGCAUGCACGAUCAUGCGCGAUGCUGCUGGCCGGUCGAGAUGCUUCGCCUUUUUGACCUUUGAGGACCCCGCAAGCGUUAAUGCGGUCAUGGUGCGGGAGCACUUCCUAGAUGGCAAGAUUAUCGAUCCAAAGAGAGCAAUACCUCGACAAGAGCACCAACGCGCCACCAAACUGUUCAUCGGCGGUCUUGCAGGAAGUGUGACAUCGGAGUCAAUGCGGGAUUUCUUCUCGCAGUUUGGCAAGGUCAUUGAUUCCACAGUCAUGUUAGACCGUGAGACCGGGAGAAGCAAGGGCUUUGGGUUUGUUUCAUUCGAAGACACAAAUGUUCAACCGUUCCUCGGUUUUGGGAACCUAGAGAUUGAUGGUAAACUGAUUGAUGUGAAGCUGGCACAACCACGUUAUCAGCGCGAUAACUUCAACGAGGAUGGCGGUCAGCAGCAACAGCAACAGCAGCAGCAGCAGCAGCAGCAGUACAACAACAAGGGCGGGAAUUUCAAUGCUGCAGCUAGCCCUAUGCCCGCGGCUCCGUCGGGCAACACUCCAUUUGAUCCUCAGGCCCUCGCCGCUUUGUACACCCGCAUGUUCCAAAUGGCGGGCGGAGGCGGCAUGAUGGGAGGCAUGGGCAUGGGCAUGAAUCCAGGCAUGAAUCCGGGCAUGAACCCGGGCAUGAUGGGCGGCAUGGGUGGUUAUGGUGGUGGUGGUGCAGGCAUGGGCAUGGGCAGAGGCGGCAUGGGAAAUCCUGCAAUGGCGGGUGGAAUGGGUGGAGGUGGAGGUGGAGGACCAGGGAUGGGUGGUGGAAUGGGGAGAGGGGGACCGGGUAUUGGGGGCAGCGGUACGCCUACAGGACCUGCCAGUCUAGGUCCUAAUGUUCCGCGUGGUCCACGCGGCGCACAAAGUGGACCGGGUGGCCCUGGUGGUCUUGGCGUUGGCCCGCAACGAGCAGGACAACGAGGGCAGCACAGUUACCAUCCCUACGCGCGCUAGGUCCCAUGGCCCCAUAGCUGGAGAGGGCUGGAGUCGCAUUGCAAUUAACUUAUCAACUCAAAAGCUGGUCCCGUGUACGUGUGAAGAUUGUGGACCUUUCAUAUCCAUUAUACGCAGUAGUCUUGUUCGUCAUUUUCGCUUUCUAACUACUGUUUCUGUAGUAUGUUCAGAAGCCAUAUGGAAUGAAUUGUUUGUGCGCCGCAUCAACA